GCGGCCGUGCGCCGAGAGCGCCGUGGGACCAGCCCCGCUCCGGCCGUGCCGCGGCAGCCCCGCGGGGGACACGCCGCCCAGAGCAAGAUGCAGAGGUGCACCAGCUUCCUGCUCCUGGCUUUAAUCCUUUGUGCCACCCUCUCGGAAACACUCGGGCUGGUUUUCUCAGCAAAAGACAAAAGGGGUUGGACUUUGAAUAGUGCUGGUUAUCUACUUGGGCCACAUGCAGUAGAUAACCACAGGUCUUUUAAUGACAAGCAUGGUUUCACUGGUAAACGUGAAAUACUGCCUGAUGAAGAUACUAAAGCAGGGAACCUCGGAAGACCCGUGGCUGACGAAAACAUUGUGCGCACAAUAAUCGAAUUUUUGACUUACUUGCACCUGAAAGAGGUGGGAGCACUUGACAAGCUACCUACACCAGAGGAAAUGAACCAGUCUUGAAGAAUGCACUUUUAUUUUGUUGCAGUGUAGAUUUAGACAGAAUUCUAAACAAAAGACCAAAAUGACCUGAAGUUAAGAAUUAUGGUUUGCAUUUAUCUGAUAAACGAUAAACAGCGUUCUGCCCUCUGGUUGGUUUGUUGGAUUUUUUUUUUUUUUCCUUCCUUCCCUCUCCUGCGGUGUCACAGUGUAUAAUUUUGCUUUGGCAAAAUUUUUCUGUAGGUAAAUGAUAAA